CCAGAGCCAAAAGCCAUAACGCACAAUAUCCAAGCAACACUACACAUUUCUCUCUCUCUCUCUCUCUUUCCUUCAUGGGCUUUCCGGUGGGUUAUACGGAGCUUCCCCUCCCCAAACUCUUCCUCCACGUACUUUCAAUUCUGGGUUACGUUAGCAAAUUCAUCUACACACUCUUCCGCUACCUGGGUCUCCCUGAUUUCCUCGAACCCGAUAUUUCCUGGACCGAUUCAGCCCCGGAGGACGACGCACCGGCGAAUAGAAGAGUUCCAGCAUCCGCCCUCCUGAUCUGCGAGCUCCUUCCCGUGGUUAAGUUCUCGGACCUCCUUGACCCGCCCGACAGCUGCGCGGUGUGCUUGUACGACUUCGAGGACGACGACGAGAUCAGACGACUCACGAAUUGCCGCCACAUAUUCCACCGAAGCUGCCUCGACCGGUGGAUGGGGUACCACCAGAAAACGUGUCCGCUGUGCCGGACGCCGUUUGUUCCCGACGACAAGCAAGAAACAUUCAAUGAGAGCUUGUGGGCUGCUUCCGAGAUCUCUGAAUUCUUCUACUAGCUGGGUUUGUAGCUGUUAAUUUUUCGAGGAAAAAAAGGGGUUUCUAAUUUUACUUGAGUGGUUGACGUGGGUAAGUGUACAUAUACAAGAAAUGGCCCCAGAAAAAAAAAUGAAAAAUAAAAAUUAUUUUGGAAUUAGAUGUUUAAUUUGUAUAGGUUUUUUCUUGCAAUUUUUGGUUCAUAAAGUUAUUUUUCCCUC